AUGAUCCGGAUCAGCUGAUUCUGUCUGAUCGGGGCUCCGUUUCUUCACUCGACUGUUUCUGUCUGUGAGAUCCAACAUGGCGGCCUCCGCAGCUUCACGUGAGCUCUUCACGGAGGGAGUCCGAGCGGUUCUUCACACCUGGCCGGUUCUACAGAUUGCAGUGGAUAAUGGGUUUGGAGGCGUGUACGGCCAGCAGAAAGCUGAUUGGAUGGUGGAUGUGGUCCAGCAGUAUUUUCAUGACAACGCUGACCUGCAGCAGUGUGAGAUCGAGGACUUCAUCGCUCAGCUGAUGGAUCAGGAGUUCGACACAGUGGUGGAUGAUGGGAGUUUACCUCAGGUGUCCGUCAGUCUGCUGGAGGUGUUCAGUCAGUGGCAGCAGGGGGCGCUGCAGCAGCUCAAACACACCAUCAACUCUUUGACACAAAAGAAGAGUCAGAGGCCAAAGGUCACAGCUCUGCCCACACAGUCUGACGAAGACAGUGAUGAUGAAACACAGGCGAUGGAGUGUGAAUCAUCCAGUCCAUCAGUCAGCAGGACAGAGCCUCCUCAGGAUGAAGACGACGGGUGGACAGUGGUCCGUAAGAAGAAGUAAAGGAGGAUGAAGAAAAGUGUGAACUGUUGAACUCGUAGACUGCAGCAGCUGACCUUUGACCUUCAGGAUGGGACUGUGUGUUUUUAAUGGAAGCUGAACUAAGCAGACUGCGGUGUCUGUUUCCAUCCUUCAUGUGCUGUUGUGUUCAUUCUAGAAAAUAUGGACCUGAAAGGAGAGAGAGGACGGCAUCAUUAAACCAGAGUCACUCUGGUUUCUGUGGUUGUUUUUAUAUUAAACCUGUUAAAGCUGC